ACGCUGGCUCAACUCCAGAUGGGGAUCAUCGCAGGCUGCGGGAAAGCAACGAGCGAAAUUCAGCGAUACAACAUGACAACAUCAUUGUGUUUAUUGUUGCUUCUGGCCGCUGGUGUGUACAGCCAGUCAUGUGUCGGAAGAUGUGGGAUCAAGGACACAGAGCUUUGCCAGUGUAACUCUGCCUGUGAAACACACGGGGACUGCUGCAGUGAUUAUGUUGACAUUUGCUACAGCUGUCAAGAUCGAUGCUCAGAAAGCUUUCUCUACUCUAAACCUUGUCAGUGCAAUGAUGAAUGUCCUUCCCACGGAAACUGUUGCGCAGACUAUGAUAGUGUUUGUGCAGGUGGUGGUGGUGUAACUGACGCUCAGCUGAGGGAACUGACGGAAGCUCUUCUAUCGGCUGAUGUGAAUAACGUUGGUAGCCUAAUCACUGUUGACCGUCAGGGUAAAGGUACUUCUGGAGAUCUGGCACCUGAACCGUACUUUGUCAAUGUCCCUCCCGAGGCUUUAAGCGGGGCUACUAUUGCUGCCCUGAUUGCUUUGCAAGAUAAUUACAUCCCUGAUGUUAAUGAACCCGAAGUCGAGGAUCCUGGUGAAAGCCAAGAGCUGGAUAUUUUCCUUGAUGCCAUCAUGGCUACAGAAGUCAUGGCAUUAGCAGAAUCUUUCCUUAUUGAGAACACAAUCUACACAGGAAAUCUAAGAGACAAAAUCAAAGAGAUCUGGUUUGAUCUCUAUUCGCGAGGCAGCACAGGCGCCACUGGCUCCUCAGGCUUCGAACACAGCUUUGUUGGGGAAAUAAAGAAUGGCGGAGUAUCUGGAUUCCACAACUGGGUUCAUUUCUAUCACGAAGAACAGGACGGCGAUAUGAAUUAUGAGGGAUGGAGCAACUACGUGGAUCUUGGCGAUAAAGGUGAAGUCCUCGAAGACCAUUUUGAAUGGCUCGGCUACUCGAAGCCUCUCGGAGGCAUGUUCGUGGGCACAUCUCCUGAGCUCGAGUUGGCUGUGUACACCGUGUGUUUCCUGGCCAGGCCCGAUUCUCUCUGCCCCGUCCAGAUGAAUGGAGUCCAAUUCAAAGUUCAAACUUGGACACUGAAUUACAGCGGCAAAGUGCUCGUUGGAAGCGCUUACCCAGAUAUAUAAAUUUCUUGGUUUAAAACGUCUUUAGUUUCCUCUAUUUAUGAAAGUAUUUGCAGACAAAAAAUUGAAUUAGCACAGUAUAUUAAUUCCAUCAGAAAUUGUACUAAGCUCUUAUUAAAGUUGCUUAUGCUUAGUAUUUUUCAAUGAAAUGGAUUUUACGGGAAACUUAAUAUAUUUCUUUUAAAUAAAAACUUACAAGGCUGUUAAAAUGGCAA